UUAUUUGUUGGCCGUCUCACUCGGCAACUCAGCAGCGGCGGCGGCAGCCACUGACACUCAUUCAACCUCGCACACAUAUACUUAACCCGCGAGCAAGUGAGCGUACGUUCGCUAGACUCACUGCGCGUUUAGUACUGGCCGCGUCGCGAUCGGCGCAACAGCUGUUACUCGUCGCAAGAUAAGCUCGCGAGCGCGUACGCCGCUACGAGAUAAGCCAAAUAAAUUCUUCGGGCCGCCUCUCACCGCCCUCAGUAAUAAUCUUCGAGUCGUGUAUGUGUGCCACGAAACGUGAGCUUUCUCUGUUUUCCAAGCGCGUGUGGCACAAACAAAAUAGAAAUAACGUAUAUUCGCGUAUCAGCGAUCUGAAAUAAAAAUCUAGUGCUCCAGAUUCGACGAAGCUGAUGUAUGGAAAUUUAGACGCUAGGAUUGUCAAUAAGAACUGUGAACUGUCUCGAAACAUCUAUAUUAUAUCGGGAAGGAAAAGAAAAGGCGAUAAGUGCACAAAAUUCUGUGAUAAAAGACGGAGAAACAGCGAUCGUUUUUUUGCGUAUGUGUUUACGGUUGGAACAAGUGGAGUUUAUGACAUUGCAAUUUCGUUAUUGUUCUUUAGAGACGAAUAAUAUACUUUAUCAGUUGCACUGAUUGCGCUAAUUUAAUUGCACGACUAAAGAGACUCGCUACUUUUAAAAAUCGAUUAAAAUCGAUCAGUCGUAAUUAUUCGACGUAAAAAGAAAUUCCACUACUGAAACUCAAGCUAAAAUAUUUAAAAGUGAAACAGUUGCUGCAUACGCAAUUGAAAUUGUACAUGCUCUACGCGAGCUACAUAAAGAAUAAAAAAAUAGAGUUGGUGACUGGUGUUGAAAAAUCCAAUGUCUAAUUCGCAGUGAAUUGUAAUAACAGCAACACAUACACACGCAGAGAUAUGUCGACGCGAAGCACGAGUGCCAUAUGAAGCUUGCCAUAUGAAAAGGCGUGAUAUAAACGCUAAGAAAAAGACACAUUUAUAUUAAUAACAAAAAGCAAAGCCAUUCCAAAUAUUCAGAAAUAGUAGCCAACGUCCCUACCACGCUGAGCCGGUACGGGACAUACGCAUACAUGUACGAGUGUAUUGUGCGCGUGUACAUGAAUGCAUGAACGCGUGCGCGCGAGUAUUCGUACUUGAUAUUGUGCACACGUAACUAUAGUCUAUCGCGAAGACACGAGAGUCUAACACGGAGACAGCGUAAGAAGCGCGAAUUCAAAAGUCGCGUAGUGCGCACGCGCACCAAAUCAGUCGAGGCAGUCGACAGCAACAUUCAAAACUUCGGCUUUUUUUGAUAACAAAGUGCGCGGCGGCGGCGGGGGCGAACUCUCGCGGUCGCUGCUGUAUCAUGACAAUUUAACGACACGUGUCUAUAUACUAUAAUUGGUAUAUGCACUGUGCAGCUUAUGCAGGAUAAACACAUGAUGACUUUGGUGACGAUCGAUGUGUUUUGACGAAAUGUGCGAGUCCCUGGAAGUUGUUCGAAUUCUGGACGUUAACGAGACUUUACUUAAGACAAGGUGUCGACGAAAUAGCGCAAUACCUAGCCUGUCGAUCAUGGCAAGAAUUCGCCUACCAGAAAAGAUUGAAAAUAAGCCAGCCACGACGCCUAUAAAGGUUGAGCAACGUACACCAUCCACUUCUACAAAGAUGGCUUCAAGUUUGAGUAGUUUAAGUUCGGAUUCGUAUUCUUCGAGUCCUGAAACGAAUGAAUUGAAAUUUCCUUUGAACAUCAGUGAUAUUAUCAGUAGUGUAAACAAUAUAAUUCUUGUGAGUUCAGACGAUGAUAAAACAGGAAAUUCGUCUGACGAAAAUGAAGGCUACGCAUGUGAAAAGAAUAUUGUUGAUUCUGACGAUGGAAAAUUCGAGAAGUUUAGUGAUGAAGAUGAUGAUAGUGUCCACACUUUGAAGUUCGUGUAUGAAAGAAAUAUUUUCACUAACAGUGACGAAGACUCAGAAAAAGAUAAUGAUAAAAUUAACAAUGGCGAGGAUUCACUAUUUCAUCAAAAAAGUAAAAUUUUCAAACUCAGCAAUGGCAAAUCAAGUGAACUGAGUGAAAAUAACGAUGAAAACGAUGAUUAUGAUGACCAUAUAAACGGUUUAAUUGAAAGAGGACCAGUUAGGCCACAAUUGCAUUCUGUGAAUCGUUCGAAACCUUACGUUGAGUCAGCUCACCAAUGGCCAAGUUCGGACAUACUGCCAUCACAACCAUCACCUAGUGAAAAUUCAACCGACUAUGAUACCAGUGCAAAGGCCAUCCUUACAGAUAAAGAGUACAGGCAAAGAAUUGAUCUAUGUCUUGAUCAACUGUCCGAUAUGGGACAAGAUCAAUCGGUUGUAAAUUCACUGUCACCCGGUGAUUCAGAUUUCGGAGGAACACUGAAUUAUUCGCCACAACAGCCUUAUCAAUGGCAGCCCGACCAGUCGCCCAACAGCGUCCGUAGUAACAGUUCAUCAACAUAUUUCGUCCCUUCCAUCAAAAUUGGUGACUCGGAAAGCACAAUAUUAGAAGUACUAUCCCGUCAUAGUCUACAGCGACCUGUUUAUCAGUCAGUUGUACAGACUCCAGAUUACAACAGCGGUGCAAGCACAGCCGCUUGUGAUAAUUAUCCUGAAUCACCGGCGAGCAGUUACAAUGCUUGUGCUACUUCAACAUCUCGACCCGAAAGUCGUGCCUCUAGCAGGGCACAAUCACCGGGAUCUAACAACGGGGGAUGUGCAAGCACUGGAAACUUCUUCAAUUUACUUGCCAGCUCUUUGAACUCUCCUCAGGUAUCACCACAGAAUUUUCGAAAUCAACACCGUCCAUCUUCAUCAUCGUCAUCGAGUCAGUCAUAUUGUGAAACUCCUAGUCCAGCCAAUUACCAAAAUCCUUUGGAGCAGCAUAUCGAAGAAAAACUAGGUGACCACAUGAUGACACGAAUGCCAGCCUGGUAUGAUAGUUUCAAAUCUUCUGACACUUUGGUUAAUAGUGUCGGUAGCAGUGAACUUCAACUUCAAUUGGUUGAAGAAGUUAUUCGUGGUGACAUGAAAGACCAGCCAAAAUCUAAUGACAUGCAAGUUGUACCUAACUGUCAAACUUCAUCAUCUUCAACAUCUGUUGCAAGUUGUUCAAUGAACAAUAUCAAUCCAUCAAUACCCAGUGAAAACUAUACAUAUACGUGUCAUGACAACGAGACUACAGAUGACUUGACAAAUACUCUGCUAAGAUUCGUCGGCAGUGCACAAACCAUUCCUUCACACAGAAAAGUUGAGGCGAGGAACAACUCUUCAACAACUUCUGGAUAUAACAGUAAUAGUAGAAGCAACGAAGCCAGAAAACUCAGUCAAGACAGUGCAUGUUUAUCUUUGGAUCAACCAAUUCAGACUACCUUCUUGGAAAGUUUUAGAAGUCCUCCAAGAUCACAACCUCAGCGAUCGAUUUAUCAACAGUCAUCUAUGAGUCUUAGUCCAGUAAUGGCUACGGAAGCUUUACACUUUCCUACAUCACCUAUAGAAUUAAUGGGUAGAAAUAGGUGGAACAAUUAUCCAGAGCGAAAUACAGUCGUGGCCAAUCUGCAGACAUACAGCAAAAACUUUACCGAGUUUCAGAUACCAGAAACUGUCACGUCCUACAACUCACAAAUGACUAAGACCACGAGCAAGAGUAAGACUAGUGGUAGUGAGCGUAGUAUUGCCCCGUGGCCCUCCUUGAAUCUGCCAUCGACGAGGGCGUCUGAACGUCUCAAGGAAGUCACCGAUCCACGCGAGGUCGAAAGGGCGAUGAAGAAUCUCUUGAAGCAACCCCUUGAAAAGCUUGCCAAGACCGAUGAUGACGGAGACACAAUGUUGAUGUGUCUGGUGGGUAAUCCACGAGAACUUACCGAGAAAUUAGCUUGGCUGGCGCCACUUGUCGAGCGCAUGGCUGCUUACGAGAAUUGCCUGGCGACGCUCAAUCACCGUGGUGAAGACGCCCUUUAUCUUGCGGCCAUGAACUGCCCGCAGAUGGCCUUCGUUGCGGGAUAUCUGGCAGCUGCUUUUCUGCAGAAAAAAAUCGACGUUGGUCAAAGACUUUAUCACUCCAGAGGGGACACAAUCGUUCACGCGCUGGCAGCAAAAGGCGAUGCUCAUGGCGAAGUACUUGCCGAACUACUUUCACUCAAAACAGCUCAGGGGAAUUCGAUGUUCGAUCUUUCAAAGCGUAAUUAUGAAGGUAGAACAGCUCUUCACGUAGCAGUCGAGGUACAUGAAUCUUCAGUGAGAAAUGAAAAGACAAUAUCGAUAGGCACAGUUCGUCUAUUAAUGGAAAACGGGGCUGAUCCUUUAGUGCGAGAAGUUAGAUGUGGUGAUACUGCGUUACAUCUGGCUGUGUCGUUAAGCGCUGAUCCAGCUCUUGUUAAAAUGUUGCUGAUUGGUAGAGGACACGAAGCAGUGAAUGUGUCAAACUAUAAUGGCAACACACCUAUGCACGUGAUUGCAGCCAUGUCCGAGCGUACGACACUUGACCGUCAAAUGGAGGUUUGCUACGCACUGAUACACGCAGGUGCUCGAACAAACAUAACCAAUCGUCAAGGCAAAACCGCUUUAGCUCUUGUAUCUCCAGAUCGAAAAGAUAUACUCAGGCGUAUUUUUCAUAAGAAGAGUUAGAAAAGAGAGCGAUAACUUUUCUGUAAAAAUUAGUAAAUAAUGUUCAAGACAGAUCCACGUAUAUUUUAAUAGGACAAAACGCUAGUAGUUUGAUGAUAAUAUAACUCAUUUGAUUUUGUGAAUCAACUUAAGCCAUAAUAGUCCUUUUACAGUCAGAUUUUUAUUAUUAAGAAUAAAUGCAUCGAGUCAAUGCGUACUAUCAGAAUGUUUUAGCUGUACUUACUAAACUAUUAAAUAUAUAUUUCAAAAUACAUUUAAUGGUCGAAAGAUUCGCAUUGGACAAUGUUCAAUUUCAACAUUUAUAGCGUUAAAACAAUAAAUACGUAGAUUAGAUUAUGAAUCUAUGCGAUAUAUAAGCGAUACAAAUUUCAAAGAUAUUUUUGACAAAAAAGUGGCUUAGAUACGUUUUGUAAGAGAUUAUCAACAAAGAUAUUUUAUAAUUAGGGUUUUAACGUAAUUUUUAUAUUGAUAAUGUGGCUGGGCUGGUUUUAAUUGUUGUCAUAAAAACAUAAUUUUUAAAAACAUCAUUUUUCAUUCUACAAUUUAUGGAUACAUGCAUACGUGCUAUUCCUGAAAAGCUUUAAUUUUCAUUUUACGAAAUAUAUUCAAAUAAGUGAGUAAUAACAUAUAAUAUACAUGUAUAGUUUGUUUUAUAAGAUAUAUCUCUUAAUAUAAAUUAAUUUCAGUGUUAUGCAUACGUAAAUCGGAAUGCAUAAUUCGCUGAGAAUGUUCUUCAAUGUAAUAUUGUAUGUUAUUUUGUUAUGUAUGAAUCCGAAUGCAUAUAUAAUUGCACACAUGGAUACAGAUAUAUUUGUGCAACUAUAUUGUUAUAAAUAGUACAUAAAUAGUAAAUACUUAUAUGUUACAUAAUGUUUUAAUAAUAUAACUUUUACGUGAGUGAAUAUUACGCUCCAAUCUCAAGAAUAAACACAGGGUCGAAGUUUUUUGUGAUAAUAUAUGCUUGCAUAUAUCAUUUUUACCAAUUGUUUUGUACAAAUUAUAUUCUAUACGUAUGUACGCUUCAAGCUCAUGUAUUAUUUGUACAUAAACAACACUUCAUAAUAUUUAUAUCUAUGUCUUAUUUUUCCUACAUUUCUUUAUUUUUCAAUAUUUUUUUAUCGUGUAUUUUAUGCUACAGAGGCUGAAAAAUAUCAUUUUAUAUUUUCACUAAAAUGCUCGAUCGGUAACUGUAAUUUCGACCUCUCUGUAAAGUAUCGCGUAUAUCUUUCAAAUAGUCAUUUUUUAUAACUCAGUUAUUCAUAAAGUACAAUUUUUAUAUAAUUAUGUUCAAUUAUAAUUACGGUACUAACGAUCCUAUAAUAAUUCAAACACGUAAAGGUGUUUUUCUUAUGAAAUUUAUUCGGAAACUUAGGAAAAUAAAAAAAACAUGUUACUAUUACAUGCAUGACUAGGAGUAAUACUCGUCGCUUAUUAAUCGAUUCAGAAAUUAUUCUUACUAAUAAUUUCAAAACAUCUGUGUAAAGGCAAACAUUAGAAUUUUUAUUUUUUCACG